AUGGAUUCGCAAUCAGAAAAUAGUAAAUUAUUAAAGAAUAUAUUAAGUUCUUUGGUUGUUAGAAACUUGAUAUUCAAAUCAAUCAAAGAUAUACAUAGAAGACAAUACUCAAAAGAUUGUGAUACCUACAGUUGGGAUAGUCUUGGUUGCUACCCUGUACAGCUGAUCAAAUACAACUAUCUAGAACGAUAUCAACAGAUCUAUUCGAAAGUCAAGGAAGAGCAAGAUGAUAACGAGUUGGUGAAAGAUUUCCUACAUGCUUUCCGAUCAUCUCAUCGGGCUGCUGCAUCGCGUGGUUUGGUAGAGAUAAUCGAUCAAUGCAAUGCAACCGAGGAUUUGAAUCCGUAUUUCAAAAGAGAUGCCUAUGUUUAUCCUCUUAAUGCCGGAAUUCAAAAUGGCCAUAUCAAUAUCCUCCAAUAUUUCCAUCAGGAACGAUUCGCCAGUUUGAAUCUAGUCAAUAGAUAUACAAUGGAUUUGUGUGCUAAACAUUGUCAGUUGUCAAUGGUCGUUUAUCUUCAUAAUAAUAUGAGUGAUGGCUGCACAACCGACGCUAUGGAUUCAACUAACAGUUUGGGAAUCGUUGAAUUUCUACACAACAAUAGAAGUGAAGGAUGUACGACCAAAGCAUUUGACAAUGCAAUCGCAAAUGGUAAUCUUCAAAUUAUACAAUUUCUACAUGAGAAUCGCACCGAAGGAUAUACAAAGGAGAGUUUCAAUGUGGCUGUAAAGAACGGUAGAUUAGACAUUGUGAAAUUCCUAUUGGAGAAUCGAACAGAAGAGAUUCCAGUCACAGCCAUUUCAACUGCUAUUACACAUGGCCAAUUAGAAACAUUGAAGUAUCUCUUUGAUAAAACGCCACUCGAAAAUCAAGUAAAGACAAUCGUUGAUAACGUUAUUUUCAAUGACGACAGUGUUCAGACUUUGCAAUUUAUGAUUGAAAAGUCUCUACCUUUCGAAUGUACAUUGUAUGCUAUGGACAACGCUGCAAGUGUCGGGUGUCUGGAAGUCAUUAAACUUUUAGUGAGAGGAACAAGAGAGGCAAUGACAAACGCAGCUGUCAACGGACAUUUAGAAGUGCUACAAUACAUCCAUGAAAAUAGAACCGACAGUGGAUACUCCGAUGAUAUCCUCGAGAGAACCGCCAAGAACCGUCAGUUUGAAACAUUUAAUUAUCUCCAUGACAAUAUUCCAGAUUUGAAAUGCUCAAUCAAACCAAUGGAUUACUUUGCUGGCUAUAAAACAACAGAGGCAUUGGAGUGGUUAAAUGCAAAUCGUACAGAAGGAUGUUCGUCUGAGGCCUAUGCCAAUGCAAGUAGAGCAGGUUUAGUAGAGAAUAUCAAAUGGUUACAAAACAAUAUGCCUUCUAUUCCAAUACCUGAAGAUCUCAUCGAAAAGAUUUGUUUCCAUGAAAAACUGGAAGCCAUAGAGUAUCUACAUCAAAGUGGUGGUGUUAAAUGCAAGAAUGCCAAGAUUAUUGCAACUGAUAUCGGUUCCUAUCCUAUUGUUGAAUAUCUCCAUUUCAAUUCCGAUGAAGGAGACCAUGAGCAAGUAAUCAAAAAAGCAAUCCGAUGCAAUCAUGACUCAAUCAUUAGAUUACUCACCAACGAUGGUGAGAUAGAUGGUGGUUCAUUCAUCCAAAGAUUAAGAUUUAUUAAAAAACAUAAACUAUAG